CUUUUGGUGCUCUGGUGUAGUUCGAAAAUUGUAUGCCGGCUACGAGUGAAGACUCGAAUUUUUAUAAAAAGCAGAGUUGUAAGCUUGGAUUUAUCCUUCCUUAGUUGUAACUAGGGAAUAUGCUUGACAGUGGAGUGUACAAUGAUUGUGCUGAUCACUGGAGUUUGCGGUUCUGGAAAGACGUCAACAGGACAAGCACUAGCAAGUAAAUUGUUAUGGUCAUUUGAAGAUGCUGAUCAUUUCCAUUCUUCUGGUAAUAUAAAGAAAAUGGAACAAGGAAUUCCUCUAUCAGAUGAGGACCGAAUCCCUUGGCUGCUAUCCUUGAACGAAGUUAUUGAAAGUUGGAGAAGUAGCUCUCGGUCAGGUGUCUUGGCUUGCUCUGCUCUUAAGUCAUCAUACAGAAGAAUUAUUCUCCAUGGUUUACAAUCAAACGAAGAUCCACAAAAUUGUCACMAACAGGGUUCAAACGUUGGGUCAGCUGAUCAUCUUGUUGUCCUUCUGCAAGGUUCGAAACAACUAAUACAAGAUCGAAUGUCACAACGUACAGGUCACUUCAUGCCACCUUCUUUACUGGACUCUCAGUUAGCUAUCCUAGAACCACUGGAGACUUCACGGUAUUCAGUAACUGUCAAUAUUGACAAUACAAUUGACAUGAUAGUUCAUGAGAUAGUGAAAAAAAUUGAAGAUAUUUUGUAACAUAUCAACUUUAUUUAAAAUUAAAGUUGUCSUUUUGAUAUUGAA